UUGUAGCACCCUUAGUGAGUGGCUCAGUAGUGCGCGAUCUUGCAACGCGGACACGUGCUUCUUCCAUAAUAAUAUAAUCAGAACCGCAAUCACGAGUUAACAACUCCCGAACUUUUUAGUGUCGCUAAAUUCUGCGCAGCUUGCAAAUUACUUUGUUUAAAUUUUACCGGGUAUAGUAAAUUUAUAUAAAAACUUUUUCUGGGCUAAAUGCUCAAAUUGACACGUACUCAGCUUAUAAUGCUCAGUUACGGUAAAGAUUUCGAACUAAAUUCUGACCAAAAUGUGAAUAAUGACUUUCCCAAAACGUUUGACUCUAAUCUCGAAAUUUUCAUACGGAUUUUAGGAGUUUCUACAGCGAUCGUUGUAUGCGGAGUUGGCGCAGAUGUGGCUUAUCAUCGACACAUCAUGGGUUAUUACGUUACAGUGGCGUCUGCUAUGAUUUUCUUCCUCGAGAUUACCUGGGCUAUCACGCUCUUCGUACAGAUAUGUUUUAGAAAUGAUGAAGCUUACUGCUCACGUUGCUGGUCGUACGUUUUGAAAAUGACAAAAGGCUGGAGACGAGCAUUGUUUUACCUUCCGCUGUCGAGUAUUUUGGCAUGGAAACCGCACAACUUGUGGCUCUCUUUUGUAGCCGCUGGGCUCUUAGCUGCUCUAUCGUUACUGCACAUCAUCUCGAGCUUACUGAGCCAGCGAAUCCUUAAUCGGCCAAAUAAUGAUUCAAUGGGAGAGAGACUUUUGAACGCACGGCCUGAAAUUUACGAUCGAUUUGAAGAAGUCUUGGUAACAGAAGUAUUGGACGAUGGAGUGGGAGGACCAACUGGAAGAUUAGGUGACAGCGAUGGAGAAAUAUGACAUGAAAGACAGCCCUCUUGGGCCAGUGAAACUGACGAGGACAGCGAGCCUGAACAAAAGACUUGUCAAAUUGCCACAUUGUCCUAGUUACAUUUAUCACAUUAAUUAAAAAUUUAAAUGUAUAUAUAAAUGAGAUAUGUUCAUUAGAGUGGAUUGGAAGAUUUUUUUAUGAACUCGAGGUACAACCUUCUUAUAAAAGAAAAAAAAUUUUUACUAUUUGUUGAUUAAGGACACUUUCAAUUUUCUAAAGUGUUGAAUAUUUUCAUAAUUUUCUUUAAUAGUUAAAUUUUAAAUUAUAAUACAUAAAUUAAAUUGGAUAAUAUUUUGGAAAUGGUAAAAAUACAAUUUUUGAUUUUUCAAUCAACUCUCAUGUUUAUAUUAAAUACCGACACAUAAUUGUCGAAAAAGAAUACGAAUGAGAGUGAAGUGGUGUAAAAUUGUCAAUUGCAAUUUUAAUGAACUAAGUUCAUUU